AUGGGCGACCAUAAUUCGGGCCGAUUAGAGGCCCUACUAGCUUUCUUCAUAAAAAAAUUCCCAGAUGCGUACAGGGAGUUCACCGAGGUGAACCCCGAAAUAAAACCCACCAAUUUCGAUACGGACAGCCCGGCUUCACCGGACUGUCCAAAAAGCAAUCCAUGCGACAUGGAUUGCUCACCAAUCGGCUCGGAAGCCGAGACAGACUCGACGCCGUCCUCCUCGGACGCAGAAGAGGAAAACGACGGGUUCAAACCCGUCCUUACCAAAUCUGGUAAGAGGAAGGCGGCCAAGUCACUAAAGGCGCCGCCGCCAACCAAAAAACCGUUGACCCCAGCAGCUGCCGGUGCAGCUGCGCGCGCACCUGCGGACACACCUGUGUCCGCUCCUACGGGUCUACCUGGGUCCGCACCCAAAACAUUCACUAAAUACCCGCCGCCGUUAUACAUUCGAACUAACAAGAGCUGGAACUCCAUAUCCAGCCUCCUAAACGACAAAAAGAUAAAAUACGUGUCGGCACGUAACGCACAGGCGGGAAUUAAGGUCACCGCGGCCACACCGAACGACCAUCGCGCGUUAUCCGCGAUGCUAAGACUACAAAAAUUAGAAUACCACACCUACGCCCUCCCGGAGGAGCGUAGGCUAACAGUCGUCAUCAAGGGUCUCCCCGCGGAGAUUCCCAUUGAUGAAAUAAAAGAGGACCUUAAGUCCCAAAACCUGCCAGUUUUAGAGGUGCAUCGUAUGCACAAGCCAAACAAAAAACCAUUCGAUAUGGUGCUAGUCCCCCUGUCGCUUACCAGGGAAGGUAAAGAGAUAUUCAAUAUAGCCUCAGUAUGUCAGUUAUUCGGACUGACAAUAGAGCCACCGUUAAACCGCCUCGCCCCGGGGCAAUGUCACUCCUAG